AUGUGUCCAGUUGUAGCGCUUGGAGCUGCGGUGUUGGGUGACCUCAUGUGUCCAGUUGUAGCACUUGGAGCUGCGGUGUUGGGUGACCUCAUGUGUCCAGUUGUAGCACUUGGAGCUGCGGUGUUGGGUGACCUCGUGCGGCCGGUUGUAGCGCUUGGGGCUGCGGUGUUGGGUGACCUCGUGUGUCCAGCUGGAGCGGCUAUGUUGGUCGGUGUAGCCAGCUUGGCGUAUCCAGAGAGGGUGUUGCUGAUGGAUGUCCUCUUGUGGCCAACAUCCGAACUCACGGGAAGUCUGUGGGACGGCUGCGUUGCGGCGACAACAGGAGCGGGUUUUGUAGACACUCGGUUAGUGGGUGCAGUGGCGGUGAGGGAACUUCGUCUGGCGGCCAUGUCUCUACUGGGGGCGCGCGCCGCAGCGCUUCUACUGGCCGCAGGAAUAUUGGUGUGUGGAACGGAGGAUGACUGCCGCAUCGGUGACGACGGCAUAGUGUGUUUUGUAGCCGCACUCGCAAGGUUCUUUGGUGCACCCCGCGUGGACUGA